CGCUCCCGCCAUGGCGGGCGCGCUGGGCGGAAUGUUCGGCUCCCAGGCCCCGGGGCCGCCGCCGCCGGGGCCGCCCGGCCCGCCCGGCCUCAUCCCACCGCCCGCGGGGCCGCGCAACCCCAACAACACGCUGGUGGACGAGCUGGAGGCGUCCUUCGAGGCCUGCUUCGCCUCGCUGGUGAGCCAGGACUACGUGAACGGCACGGACCAGGAGGAGAUCCGCACCGGUGUUGAUCAGUGCAUCCAAAAGUUUCUGGAUGUUGCAAGACAGACGGAAUGCUUUUUUCUACAAAAAAGACUGCAGCUAUCAGUCCAGAAACCAGAACAAGUAAUUAAAGAGGAUGUUUCAGAAUUAAGAAAUGAAUUGCAGAGAAAAGAAGCAUUAAUUCAGAAGCAUUUGAGUAAACUGCGACACUGGCAACAGGUUCUGGAAGACAUCAGUGUACAGCACAAAAAGCCUGCAGAAAUGCCUCAAGGUCCAUUAGCUUACCUAGAACAAGCAUCUGCAAAUAUUCCUGCUCCAAUGAAGCAAACAUAAUCUUCAGUUUUACACAGUUCAAUAUUCUAAAAGCAGUGGUGUUCUUUGUAUGCUUUUUGUAUAAUGUAAUUUGUACUGCAAAUAGUGUUAAAACAAUUAAGCCAAAUAAAUUUUCUUAUUUUCUUCUUUUCUUUUAUUACAGAAA